UUCUCCGACCUCUGCCUGGUUUUCGUCUAUCCAUCCUGACGCCUCAAUUCCCAUCAUCUUUCUUUGAAUUUUGCUCCACGCUUGACUUUGAAUUGAUUGCCUCCAAAACAAGCCACCACAAGACAGCGCAGCCACUCAAACCAUCGAAGCGGCCCGGACGGAAGAAAAAAUCCAUAACGACGAUGCCAACCCCAGACAAUCCACCCCCUUCCUCAGCCGGAGUAACAGCGACCACACGGACAACAUCACGACCGCAGCAACCUCCGAUCACCUUUCUCCUCGUCUAUCCGCUCACCCUCCUCGUGGGCUCCCUCUUCUCCGUCCUCUCCCCGACCGCCUACGGCACUCGCGCCAGCAGCAGCAGCAGCAGUCCGCUCCAGAACCAUCCCUCCCCCCUCGCGCCAACCAUCGCCUCCGACCUUCACUUCACCUUUCCGCCCGCCAAACCGGUGAAUUACUUUGCGCGCAAGGACAAUCUCUUUAAUCUAUACUUUGUGAAAGUCGGCUGGCUCUGGACGACCCUGGCGUUUGUGUUACUUUUGCUCACGCAGCCGGCCUACACGGGUGGUCGUCACAGCAGCCGCAGCAGCAGCGUUGGUGUAUCUGGAGCCGCCACCCACCGCUCCCGCCGCACUACCCAAGCCAUCAUCCGAUAUGCGCUGGCCACAACGGUGUGGUACUUCACGACGCAGUGGUUCUUCGGGCCGGCGAUCAUCGACCGCAGCUUUGUGUUGACGGGGGGGAAGUGCGAGCGGGCGGUGCCGCAGGCGGAGGACCCGUAUACCACCACGGAUUUGGGCACGUUGGCGACGGCGGUGGCGUGUAAGAGUGCGGGUGGGGCGUGGCGCGGCGGGCAUGAUGUGAGUGGGCAUGUGUUUUUGUUGGUAUUGAUGACUUCGUUGGUUGGGUUUGAGGUUUGGGGCGGGCAAUGUGGGGGGGAUGGUGGGUUGGGGAAGAAGGAGGAUGUGGUGGUGGAGGGGGAGAGGGAGAGGGAGAAAGAGAAGCAGAAGGGUCUGGAGGGUGCUGAGGCUGAAAGUGCUGAGGAUGAUGGGCUGGGGGUGUGGUCGGUACGGUUGGCGUCGAUGGUGAUGGGGUUGGGGAUGUGGAUGUUGUUGAUGACGGCUAUUUGGUUCCAUACGUGGUUUGAGAAGUUGACGGGGUUGAUGAUUGCACUGGCCACGGUUUAUACGAUCUAUCUUCUGCCGCGAAGGGUGGCUUCGUGGCGGGAGAUUGUGGGGUUACCUGGGGUUUAGAUGUGGGUUAUGACUUGGGAUGGCGUUGAUCUUGACAUUGAUUGCAUUGAUAGUGAGUUUUGUGAGGGGAGGGGCGUCCAUGUUGCUCCCAUAUCGGGUUUGCAUGUAGAUCCAUUGUAAAAUACAGUUUGUCUGUCUGCUUCCAAUUUGGUUUCGAG